AUGGAAGAGGUUGAUAGUUGGUUUAGUAAAGAUUGUCAAAAUAAAUCUCAAACAUUUGAAGAUAAUUUAAAUUCUAAAAAUAUCGGUAAAAAACAAAUUGAGGAACAGGAAAAGCAAAAAGAAAUUAUUUUAUUAGAUGAUAAAGAAGAAGAGGAAAGUGUUGAAUUAAUUAGUAAUGAUGGGACAGAACCUGCAGAUAUAUUAAUUUUAAAUAAUUUUAUUGAAGAAAUUGAUAAUUCUGUUGGAAAUGGUCAAAAGGAACAUGAAAGAAUGGAAGAGAGUGAUGGUUGGUUAAAUAAAGAAGAUUAUCAAAAUAAAUCUCAGGCAUUGAAGGAUAAUUUAAAUUCUAAAAAUAUUAAAGAACAUCCAAAACAAGUUGAAGAAAAAGAAAUUAAUGAAAAGGAAGACGAAAUAAUGGAGGAAGAAGAAGAAGAUGGAUGGCUUAGCAAGGAUAGUGGUCAAAGUUUGGCAGGGAAGUCGAAAACAUUAAUUGAAGAAGAAAAUACCUCAAAAUCAAUUGAAAACACAUUUUCGCCUUUAAAGAAUUUUAUUCAACAAAAAGUGUUUGAACAACAAGAACAAUCACAAAAAACAAAGAAAUUAAUUGAAGAUUCUGAUUUUUUAAUUAUUGAGAAGCCAAUGUCUCCUUUAAAAAAUUUUAUUAUUCAACAAGAAGAACAGACAAAAAUUAAUGAAAAGGUUUAUUAUUAG